UUCAAUCCUUCCACAGCAAUGACGAAAAGCGCUGUGAAUGCGUUUGUCGAUCUCGACAAGACCAACUCGCGCGACUUGGGCGAAUAUACCGUCAGCUCGUUCUUGCACAGCUCUUCCAACAGCGACCCCAAGGUCAAACGCCUGAUCAAGAAUCUGAUGGUGUGGCUCAACUCCAUCACCGCCUCUCAAAAAGUCAUCGUGCGUGAUCUUGCACAAGAUCUGUAUGACGGCAUUAUUUUGAUCAACUUCCUCCAAACGGUCACGGGAAAGGAAAUCAAGUACAACCUCCUCGCGCAAUCCGAUAAGAGCAAGCGUGAAAAUCUGACCUUCUUGUUCAAGUUCCUGAAGCAAGAGUUCAACAUGGAGCCGUCCGAAGAGCGCUGGACUUUUGAAGGCAUCUUCCGCAAGGAUAUUGCUGCCAUCCUCAUGUUGUGCGUCGAGCUCGGCUACCGUCUGGAGUGCCCGAACGAAAUUCCAUCCAACGUUCGCGUUGCUGUCGUGAACCGAGUGAGCAACAACGGCGUCAUCACGAACAAGACUGUGGCCUAUGACAUUACCGACAAUCGCCAGCAUCUGGGCGCACUUGGCGCCGAAGGCGCAGCCAAGGUGCUCGCAGAUGAGAAGGAUGUUGCCAUUUCUACUCGCGAUGUCAUUGAUGAUUUGUUCGAGGCCAACGACCCCGAACGAUUGCAACUCAUCCAAGAGAAACUCGUUCAGUUUGUCAACAACCACCUGCGAAAGAUUAGCGUGCAGGUCACAGAUCUGGCGCUUCAGUUCCACGACGGAGUCUACCUGAUUCUGCUUCUCGGAUCGCUGGGCGACUUUUAUGUGCCCAUGAACAUGUAUCACUUGACACCCAUCAACGACGACAUGAAGGUUCACAACGCUGAAGUGUGCCUCCAGCUCCUCGAAAAGAUGGGUCUGUCUCGCAACGGCAUUUACGCGCGCGAAAUUGUCACGCGCAACCUCAAGACGAUCGUGCGAUUCUUGUACCUGCUCUACACGGCGUACAGGCCAACCGACGCCUAAAUCGCCUGGUUUGCUCAGACUCUUGCGUCCCUUUUCGUGUUGUGUAGCUUCUUAAAAAUGGUGUCCGGCUCCAAUAUAUACGAUUGCCUGGUCUGCUCUUGUAUGUCGAUUGACAACGAGCAAAAACACAAAC